AUGGAAACUGCUGCAGAAGUUGGGGAGAUGACGCGAGGCCUGUUCGGGCAGGGACGGAGGCUGCGAUACGGCGAUGAUUUGAUAAAGUUGGAAGGAAAUGGACUGCGGAGCUCAGCCCAGAUCGUGUCUAGGUUUCUGAGCGUGAAGAAGUGGCUGCUGCGUAAGAAGCACCAGAUUGAGCUGGCGAGGAAGCGCGGCUGGAAGGGCUACUGGGUAUGUCUGAAGGGCACGACGCUCCUGUUCUACCCGUGCGACUCGCGCGAGGGCCGCUCCGUGGAGGCGGCGCCCAAACAUCUCAUCAUCGUGGACGGUGCCAUCAUGCAACCCAUUCCCGAGCACCCGAAGAGGGACUACAUCUUCUGUCUUUCCACGGCUUUCGGAGACGCUUAUCUCUUCCAGGCCCCAUGCCAGGUCGAACUCGAAAACUGGGUAAACAGCAUUCACAGUGCUUGCGCCGCCGCUUUCGCUCGCCACCGCGGCAAGACCGGAACACUGCAUCUUCUCCAAGAGGAAAUUUUCAGAAUCGACCGCGCCAUAGAAUCGGACUCAAAGCUGAAGCACAUGGCUGAGUUGCAGCUGUCGGUGGUGUCAGACGCUGAGAGCAAACAGCAGAUUAUGGGGCAGAUCAAGCAGUGGGAGGAGAAUCUGGAACGUCUGCAUUGUGAACAAUUCCGCCUGCGGUGCUACAUGGCAUCUCUACAAGCAGGAGAACUGCCAAAUCCAAAGGGUCUCCUGACUCAUGUGUCACGCACAACCAAGACAACUCUGAACCGUCUAGGUGUAUUCACAGUGAGCAGCUUCCAUGCAUACAUCUGUGCCCGCAGUCCUUCCCUGCUCAACAACCUCCUUGCAGGCAGAGGAGCAACUAAACGCAGGGCACCAAUGUUAUCACGGAGCAACAGUGUGUCAUCACGAAGAUCCUUACAGAUGCAACAGCAACUUGAAGGUGAAAAGCAAUACAAAGUCAACCUUCCAGAUAAUCAGACUGUGACCAUUAGCAUAAAAGACUCCAUGACUGUGGAGGAAUUCCUGGUAGCAGCAAGUGGCAGGAAGAACCUUAACCCAAUGGAACACUUUGUGAGAGUCAAGAAACGUCGUGAGUUGGAGGAAACCAACUAUUUCGUCCCUCAUCGCACAGACCUCAUAGAGAACUAUUUGGCAACUCAUGAAGUAGUUGAGAUCUGCGCCAAGAUCCUGUACCAGGUGGAGUUGUCUCGCUCCUCACUUGACCACAUGUGGGGCUUCAGUGUGGAGGCAGAGCUCAUUGAGAAUUCUGAGCGGCAGGAUGAACUUUGCUGCUACAUCUCCAGGGUGGAAGACAGAUCCACUGCCAUGCAAAAUGAGGAAAUUUACGGGAUCAUCAAGGGAGAUGAGAUCAUGGUGAUCAAUGGUGCAAUUGUUAGUGACUUGGACAUGAUGUAUAUAGAAAGUGUUCUACAAGAGGAGCUUGCCCUCUGUCUCAUGAUGAGGUCUUCUCGAACGGAUCCACCAGACUUAGCCUCUUUAAUGAAGACAACAGACGAGAUCAUCGAGUCGUUAGUGUGUCCGCCACCACCCACCGAGACCUCCCUGAAUGAGGAGAUGAUUUCCAGGAUGAUUGUCCCAGCACCAACAUGGAGCAAGGCCAUACUCCCUGGUAAAGAGCCCGCAAGUCCGGAUGGCUUCCCUCCUCCCGCCUCGGACACCUCGGAGCGAUCAAAUGUCUCAUCCUUGGAGAUUGAAAAUUUUCUUAGGCAGAACUCUGAAUUGAGUGGAUGCUGUCGGUCACCUGUCGAGCGGAGGUCAAGCCCCACGGGUUCCAUCGCCUCCACUCAGAGCCAGUCGCAGUUGACGCCCUCCCGCCAACUCAGCGACGGCGAGCGACUCAAGAAAGUCAUCCUGGAGCUCAUCGACACGGAAAGGAGUUACGUCAAGCACCUGAACAACCUCUUGGAGAAUUACCUGGAGCCCCUGAAGAGUGCAUCGUUCCUGAGUUCGGCCGAAGUCAAUGCGCUCUUCGGCAACAUCCGGGAGAUCGUGGCCUUCCAGAGGCUGUUCCUGCAGGCCCUUCAGGAGGCGCUCGACAUGGAGCCCGGCUUCUCCAAGUUCGACCAGCCCUACGAGUUUAAGAAUGUGCUGUUCUCCAUUGGCAGUGCUUUCCUCUACUAUGCCAGCCAGUUCAAGUUGUAUAGCUCCUUCUGCGCCUCCCACUCCAAAGCUCAAAAAGUCCUACAUCCUAGUGAAGGCAACCAGGCCUUGCAGGAGUUCCUAGCGUCCCGCAACCCGCGCCAGCAGCACUCGGCGACCUUAGAGUCCUACCUGAUCAAGCCCAUUCAGCGGAUUCUCAAGUACCCGUUGCUCCUGCAGCAGCUGAAGGCCCUCACCACCCCCGGCUCGGACGAACACAGACACCUUGUGGAGGCUCUGAAAGUAAUGGAGAAGGUAGCCGAGCACAUCAACGAGAUGCAACGGAUCCAUGAGGAAUAUGGUGCAAUAUUUGAUCACUUGUUCCGUCAGCACCAAAAGUCUUGCAAACAACCCAUCGACCUCUCUCCUGGGGAUCUUCUGUACUAUGGAGGAGUGGAGUGGCUCAACAUUUCUGACUUCCUUGGCAAAAUAAAGAAGGGGCUGGAACUCCAUGCCAUGUGCUUUGUCUUUAAAACGGCUGUAGUCUUCUUGUGCAAAGAAAGACUAAGACAAAAGAAAAAGUUGAUGGUUAGUGCUGUUGGAGUCCCAGGCAAAAAUAGUUCUUCAGAAGUAGAAAUAAUAAGGUAUCAGGUGUUGAUCCCAGUGACUGAGGUUCAAGUCCGUGCCUCCUCCAUGAAGGACAUGGACUCUCACUUCCUCUGGGAGCUUAUUCAUCUCAAGAGCCAGCUCCAGAGGCGGUCUGAGAAGGUUUACCACUUGUCAAAUAGCACAUCAGAAUUCCGCAACGCUUUCUUGAAAACUAUUCGACAGAUCAUCAGAGAGUCAGUUCGCAACAUGAACAUCCCAGCAAACAAGCCAUCUUCAUCUUCAUCCAAUAUAUCUAAUAAGGGAAACACUAACACCCUGCAACCAUCUCGCUCUGUGCCAAAGAAAAAAGCACCCACAGUUCAGUCAGCCACCCUGCAACGGCACUCAGCAGGUAACAUAGACUAUGACAACUUGGAGAGCUACGAUAAUGUGCCUGAGACGCAGAUUGGGCAUGACCAGUCCAACUUCCAAACACGUAGCAAGACCGUGUCGGACGGCAUGGACGAACUCAGUGACUCCACCACCAAGAGCGACGGCGGCAAGGACGAAGUGGGAACGCGAUCGGAGGGCGAGGAGGAGGUCAUAGAGAAGAAAAAGGCGACCCUAGGCCGGACCCCCAACCACCUCUCGCUGUCCACCACCUCGACGCUCUCAACGGGCUCCACUGGCUCCAUGGCCAAGCUUAUCCAGGCCAGCAACCAGCCAUCCCAGUACCAACCGGCUAAGAGUGUUGGUUCCCCAGUGUGGAAGCCCCGUGAUGCCUUUGCCCCAGGUGCAGGCAGCACCUUUGGUGCAGGUGCCGGAGGUGCUGGUCAGCGAGGAGAGUCACUAACACUGCCUCGUGCAGGAAAGCCCAGUGGCCGAGAGGAUCACUUCCUGGUCUACGAGGAGUAUGGUGGCAACAUCUACAUGAGUAGCAAAAAAGACACAGAUGAUGAAGUAAAAGAUACAGCCAGUAGAAGUGGAUGUCCAAGCAUACCAGUGAUACCAGGGGUUCCAAUCCCCACCAAUGGAAGUGCUAUUGGUAGUAGUCCAGCCUACAUGUGUGGAAGUGUCACCACACACCACCUACGACCAUCCCAUCUAUCCACUCACUACACUGACCAGCAAUCCCAGGGUGCAAUACACAGACCUUCACAUGACUCACUUCGACCUGUCUCGGUGAAUGGGAGUUCUUUCCAUGCACCUUCUCCAGAUGUAGGGCCGUGUGGAAAUAUUGGCUCGGGAGGAAGACGGGGUGUGCAUGGUGAUGGCCUAAAGAGUUCUCCUUGGCCAGGUUUCCCUUACACUGGGGGUGGGGAGAGUCACCCAGGGGAAGACAUGGAGAGUGUACUUGGCAAUGGUACCAUUACUAUUGAUGCUCUCCUGCAGCAGCUGCGAGCACUUUCUUAGUUACCUUUUCAUUCAAUGCCAGAUGGGAAAUUGUGUCCAGCUUUCCACUAUCAAUCACUCGAUCAGUGCUGCAGUCCGUCUUCAGUCCAGCAUAAAAUAAAUAUAGACAGGAUUUCUCUCUUGUUAAUAGUUAUGUUGCCUGGAAACAAAAUUCAUUCAAGGAAAUAAAUGUCUUAGCACUUAUCCACAAAGAUAAGAACAUGAACAGGGUCUUUGUUUGGCCACUUUUGCUUGGCUAAUGCUUUCUGCUCAAAGUUUACUUUCUGUAUAUAAUGUGUUAGGUUAGUGUAAGAGAUAAAGGAUGUAACAGCAAUGUUGAUAUUUUCACCAUUACAGUUGAGCCAACACCUGGUGACAGGUAGCAACUAUUCCAGCAUUAUAUACCAGCUUGUAUACAAGCUGAAUUUUAACACUUGGGCAUUUUCAUUACAUUUCAAAAAUAUGUGAGACUCGCCACGUUAUCUAGUCUUCAAGACUUUAAUUAUUAAGGUAUUACAUUUAAUUUCAUGAUUUCCUUACAUAAUCCUUUCCUUCCAGUUACUGUUGUAUUUACUCUGAUCUUCAGAAUGACUCACCUUCCCUUUAAUUAUCCAAUGCUUUGAUGUAGUUUGAAUUUUAUUUUUGUUUUCUUUUAUCAUCUACAUCUGUUUUAUAUGAUUACUGAUUUUUGCUUACAUAUCCAGUAUUUUUUUUUUUUUUUUUUUUAGUUUUUAUAAAAUCAUAUUCAUAUUUGAAGAUUUUGUAUUUUUCAGUCUUUCAUUACAUGUUAUCAUGAUUUUGACAAUGUAAUUUAAUAAAAUUCGAAGAUGAAAAAAAUAUAUAUUUCUUUUCCAAAUUAAAUUGCAAAAGUAUUUUCUGAAGAUGGAAUAUACAUGUGCCUGUAUGUGUUCGU